CAGCAGCAACAACAGCAAGAGCAACAGCAACUGCAACAGCAGCAACAGCAGCAACAGCAGCAGCAGCAGAAACAGGAGCAACAUGUUGACGACCCACCAUCUGCACCACCUGCACCACCAUCGCGGCAGUACGGCUGUGGAGCUGGACAAGAUCACCAACCUGAAUACGCUCAUCAUGGAGAUCAACAGCCACGUGGCACUCUUCCGCGACAUGCUGAUACACGUGGGCCAGGCCAAGGAUUGCCCCGAGCUGCGCGAGAAGAUCCGCAAGCUGCGACGCACCUGCGUGGAGGCAUUCAAGCACACCGCCCAAAUACUGAUGCCCCAGGUCAAGAGCGCCAUGGCCGAUGGCAUCCUCACCGACAACCCGCACUUGGUGCUGCUGUUCUACAUGGCCCAGUUGUUCCUACGUGAACUUGUGAAAAGUUAUCGCCUCAUACAAGUCGUGCCAAUGGAUAUGUCCGGCUAUUAUGAGAACCGCGCCGGGCCCUCGAACCUGGGCAAUGUCAUCAGCCAGAUUUUGUUGUGCAAACAGUUUACGCCCGACUUCAACGAGGAGGAAUUAUGCAGCAUCACCAAAGACUCGCAGGAUAUAGCCGUGCUCCUUUCCGAGAUGCAGGAGUAUAUGCCGCAGCACGAGGCAUACUUGGAACGCAACGCGGCACUGGACACAACCGGACCCUGGCAGGCCAAAAGGCGCCAGAACUACAUAUGCAAGAACAUGAGCCUGCUCUGCUGCGUCUCCAGGCCCAACUAUCUUUGAGAGCAGGCCGACAGUGUUUAGUCCGAGCCGAACUAAGCCCACUACUUAUAUCAAUUACUAGCGCCUAAGGAGAAGCCACGAAGGAAGUCCUGAGUCCUUAGCCGAGGAGGAGGAGGAGCUCUCAAUUAGCAUGGGGACAUAAUCAAAGGUCGAGGCCAGGAAUGCAAGGUUCUUCUUCUCCCAGAGACAUGUGUAUAAUCAAAGUUAAUUAUGCUGCAUAUACAAUAUUAAUGUAAAAUCAAUGGAUAUAUACUAUAUAUACUAUAUAUAUACACACCGAUGUAGAGACGUUUAACUAAGGAUGUUCACGGAGCAGUUAAGACUUUUUAGGCCAGUAAAUCACAGUAGUCACUGUAUAGACCCCAGCAACUACCAAAACAUGCAUACAUUCAUCCCGAGGUUAUCUGAACACGAUCCUAACCCUUGAGUUAACAUUAAGAUUAGGCAGGAGAGCAGAGGCGUCGGAGGCAGUUAGUUGUAGUCCAAGUAGCCUUCGUAAUUAAGUUGAAAGCCUGGGCCCAGGCAAGUGUUAAAUGAAAGCAAUAACAAACAAGUUGUUAACUCAUACUCUCACAGACAGAAGCAUACACAUAGCAUAUGUACAAAUAUAUACUUAACCAAAUAGAAUCGUAAUUGAUGAGUGUCUCUAGGUUUCCGUUUGUUCAUUUCACGGUUUUCAAAGUGAACUCUGCACAGUACCUAAAAGCCAGAUAAAAUAACACAGGAACACAAAAUU